GCCUCGAGCUCGACGCGCCGGGUUCGCGCGCACGCGGGCACGCGCCCCGCGCGCCGGCUGGCUGGCUGGCUGGCUGGCGCGCACGCGCACGCGCGGGGUCCGGGCGGGGCGAGCAGCUCGAGCCCCGGCGAGGUCGGUGUGGAUCGGCUGUGGCUCCGGCCCCGCAGCCGCUGCUGCGAUUCUCAGCCCGCCGCCCGGCCGGCCAGAGACGCGGCGAAAGGGGCGGUGGGGGCGGGGCGGCGUCGGCUCCCGGCGAGCUGGGGGAGGAGCGAGGCGGCGGCGGCCGGAGCGAAGGCGGCGGCGGCGGCGGCGGCGGCGGGGAAGGGAGGGGAGGGGAAGGGAGGGCUGUUCUUUUCCUCUUCUUACAUCCCGGAGCGUCCCGGACGCAGAGCCGGAACUGGGGGACGCGGCGGCGGCGGCGGCGGGGGCCCGGGCUAGGUCACUGGACGCGCUGUCAGUGGUGGAUGAAGCCGCAGAGAGGACAGGUCUCCACGCGCGGCUCCCGGUUCCGGCUUUGCGUGAGACUCUCCUAUGAAAAAAGGACAUGAAAAUCUGCAAUGAUAUUUCCUGACAAUCAGCUGAUACAAGAGAAGAAGAGAUUAACAGCCAGUGAGCAGAACUUCAGAUAACCAGGAUUUUGUGUUUACCACCUCCAACUACAGACUCCUGUUGUCUGCUUUAAAUCAGAGAUAACUAUAAUCAGAACCCAGAUAAGACAAAGAGAUAUUUUUCUUCUUUAUCUUUUGAGAUCGAAGACACUACAAUGUCCCGGAAACAAAACCAGAAGGAUUCAUCAGGAUUCAUUUUUGAUUUACAGUCUAAUACUGUAUUGGCCCAGGGAGGAACUUUCGAGAACAUGAAAGAGAAGAUAAAUGCUGUCCGUGCAAUAGUUCCCAAUAAGAGCAACAAUGAAAUCAUCCUGGUUUUGCAGCACUUUGAUAAUUGUGUGGACAAAACUGUACAAGCAUUCAUGGAAGGUAGUGCCAAUGAAGUGCUGAAAGAAUGGACAGUAACAGGCAAGAAAAAGAACAAAAAGAAGAAAAACAAACCAAAACCUGCUGCAGAAGCAACUAACAGCAUCCCAGACUCCAGUAAACCGGUUUCCAUUCAAGAGCAACAGUCUGCACCUUCCUCCGAGAAAGGCGGUAUUAACGGGUACCACGUCAACGGUGCCAUCAAUGACACCGAGUCUGUGGACUCGUUCAGUGAAGGUGUGGAGACCCUUUCAAUAGAUGCUAGAGAACUGGAGGAUCCUGAGUCUGCUGCACCAGAUGUGGUAGUUCGAACAGGAUCCACACUGGAGAAUGGUGUCUCUGACUUUGAGUCCAAGCCUUUGUCUAUGCACUCUACUCAGAAUUCACAAGGCAGGAGUGCUGCCAAGUCUCUCUCCAGGCCCACCACGGGGCCUCCGCCUUCCAGUCUGGGCAUAGAAGAUGUGCCACUCUUCACCAGCAACAAAAAGCUAGGUUCCAAUAUUGAAAAAUCUGUAAAAGACCUCCAACGCUGUACAGUCUCUCUUGCACGGUAUCGAGUUGUAGUUAAAGAAGAGAUGGAUGCUUCCAUUAAGAAAAUGAAGCAAGCUUUUGCUGAAUUGCAGAGCUGUUUAAUGGACCGAGAAGUGGCACUGCUCGCUGAAAUGGACAAAGUGAAAGCUGAAGCAAUGGAAAUUUUGCUCAGCCGACAAAAGAAAGCUGAAUUUCUAAAGAAGAUGACUGAUGUGGCUGUUCGAAUGUCAGAGGAGCAGUUGGUUGAGCUCAGAGCCGAUAUCAAGCACUUUGUUAGUGAACGGAAAUACGAUGAGGAUCUGGGACGAGUAGCCAAGUUCACCUGUGAUGUAGAGACACUCAAGAAGAACAUUGACUCAUUUGGACAAGUGUCCCAUCCAAAGAACAGCUAUUCAAGCAGAUCCCGGUGUAGCUCAGUUACAUCUGUGCCCUUGAGUAGCCAAUGUGUUGCCUCUGCUGCUUGUUCUCCCACCUGUGCCUCUGCUUCCAGCCUUACCAGUACUAACAAGAAAAACUCAGCACCAGGAGAGACACCUGCAGCUGUAGCAAACUCCAGUGGCCGACCGUACCAGCCUCGAGAGGUACCACCAGGAAACCGGCGAGGAGGACAAGGCUACAGGUCCCAAGGCCAAAAGUCCAGUGACCCCACAAAUCAAGGGCGACAUGACAAUGGUAGUCAUUACAGAAAUAGUUCAUGGUAUUCAUCUAGUUCCAAGUAUCAAAAUACUCCACCCCAAGCACUGGGAAACACCAGUGAACUGGGCCAGGCUCACUCUGCAGGGACCAGUGGAACUGGAGCCAUCAAGGAAACUAACCCACCCAAGCCUGCAUUCAAAAAGGGACUCCCCCAGCGCAAGCCCAGGACCUCUCAGCCUGAAUCUGUGCACUCUUGAGGGAAAUUCCAGCCACCCUCUCUCCUUUAUCACACACAUUUCAACUUGAUAACUGGACUUUAGGAAACUUAUAGUUAGAUUCAUUAACAAAAAGGAGUUUACACAUACCACAUUUUAUGUCACUCUAUAAACAGUUUUGGUUUAUUCUCUCAUUUCUUCUGUAUCACUUUUGGAGGGGAAGCUUUUUCACCCCUGUAUGUCUCCCAGUGAUUUGGAUGAGCUCUGAUCAUUCCACCAGGAAUCAGGCAGCUGUGGCUAGGUUUCCCAAGGGUAAAUGAUGUUCUUCUCAGUGCGCCCGGCCUUUCAGUUGCCCAGAGAGGACUUCCUCAGCAUCCCACGCUGUGCAGACUCAGAAGGACUUGGAUCAGAGCUCAUCCUGCUGCCUUUCCAGUCCGAGCAGAAGCCACACACGCUUGGGGACCCUCUAGCCAACAAUGUAAUAGGAGCAGCGAGAGGAGGGGUUGAAUUACCGAGAGAAGGGAAGAUGAGUUGGUAAAAAGGAAGGAACACUAGGAAACAUUUGGUAAUCUGCCUUUGUUCUCAGAAUGUGCCUAAGAUUGACACUCGGACCCAGGUUUCAGUCUCCUGUUCAGCACUGCAGCUUAACCGCAGCUCCUUCCGAAUGCCCAAAGCCUCGUUUCUAUCACCUUAGACUGCAGACUAGUCUAGGGAGGUCUGUAGGAGAGUAGCAUUUGAUUAAAGUUUUAAAAAGUG